CUCAGAGCACAAUUGCAUUUCAAGUCCCGACUCUUGACCACUUUAGGUUCAUUUUUCGCUUUCUUUUCUUGCGGUAGACCACUUCAUGAGGAAUGUGAAGAACAGAACGCGCCAAUAACAUGCGCGGGAUUUCUAUUUUGGCAGCCCUGGUGGUAUUUGCCACCCAUGCAUACGGUGGACCUCUGAACAGACUGUUUUGCCCUCCAUUAUGCAACCCACGACCGGAGACGCCCCUGAGAAGUUGCGUACACAGUUGUGGCUUUCUAAGAUACGGCAAAUACUAUGAUGGCAGCCGUUGUUGGUACUUUGGUCGAUCCGGAAAAUUCCUUAGGAUCAAAGGCUACUGCAAGCAAGGGUUGUGCCUCAGAGUUUUAACUACAGGUUACGAAGGCUCUGAUGCACAGACGUACUGCGGCGUUGACCAAACUAAAGUUGUCUUGCACAAAGCGACAGAGGGAAAAGGGUCCCUGUUGAGUGUUACUCAAACCAAUGGGCAUACAUCGACCGAAAAGACCAACGCAGUCACCGCUGAAGACCCACACCUGUCAGAGUUCAAGUCUACAAACACUACUAGACUGGAAGCCACUGUACUUGCCCACACCGACAACUCGACAAAGGGAACAAAUUAUGGAAACGGUAGUUUAGAAGACAGCACGGUAGGGUCCACAAAUGUCGCUGUAACGAAACUAGGGAGGAGUGGUAUCCAUGGUACACACAUAGAAGAGAGCACAGCUGCAGAAACAACAGUUCUGAAUAAGACAGCCAGUGGCUUGCCCCACAGGGAAAUAAAAACUGUGCAACCAUCACAUCCCCAAGAAAAACGUGCGAAACAAGGUUCCACAUAUAUAAACAAGCACACUAACACACAACCAGCGCUUACCUCAAGCGCACAUGAUCAAAACACGACCACCACAGGUCUCAGACCGCCACCCUUUCCGUUCGAAAGGUCUAGCGACAACGCUAAAACUGAUAAGCUUCUUCUUAAUUUCAAGGACGAAACGCCUGUGAGUUCUACAGCACUAACACCUGUAGAAAAAGCACAAGAAGGCAUGUUAGAAACAAAAAUGAGCACAAAUGCCAGUGGUUAUCCAGUCCCGACACCCGCGCACAGUCCAGAGGACACAAAAACAGGCGUUCCAUCUUCAGUCCUCGGUGUUACACCACCUACCGAACUAAUUCACACUGCAGGUACUAAUCCUCAUGAAAGUACGAAAGAGUCGGCUGUCCCCACUGCAAUGACGACUCUAGUAACGACUCCUGACACUCUUACGGAAACAGCUACGCUCCUGAAUCCCCCAGACGUUGCACACGCAGAUAAUGUAACGGAGACCCUUAAUCGCACCGACACGCACAUAACUAACCUGCUCGGUUCAUGA